UCGGGGUUUAUUUGUUCCUCUCCCACUUGCUUACUCUUUUCGGCCAAUCAGAAUACAGGCCUGGCAUGGAGAGAGACAUAUUCGGGACAACUCAACCACAUCCAAAGGUGUAAGCAAGUACGGGAGUACAAGAACCCACGAUCACGAUCACGAUGUCGAUGGCUUUGGACUAUCUAGAUGAUUCGACUGCUACCGACCACAGAAAAAUCCCACCUGGUUUAAUAUUCAACCAGGUUUCUCACUCCAAAUUAUGCCAGCAUCGAACAAGAAAAUCAUCGCCAUCGUAGGUGCAACGGGAAGACAGGGAGGAAGCGUCGCACGUACCUUCCUCUCAGCACCUCUAUCGUCGCGCUGGCACGUUCGCUGUCUCACGCGGAACCCGUCGUCCGAAGCUGCCAGAGGUCUCGCCGCCCUCGGCGCCGAACUCGUCCAAGCCGACCUCUCCUCGACCGCCAGCCUCGUCGCAGCCUUCUCCUCCGCCACCGCCAUCUUCGUCAACACCAAUUUCUGGGAAGUCUAUCGCAGCGCUGUGGCGUCUGGCACAAACGACGACGACGCCUCGCAACUAGCAUACAACAACGAAAUCACAUGGGGUAUCAAUGCCGCAACAGCAGCCAGCCAGAUUCCUGAGCUAGAGAAAUUCGUCUACUCAGCCUUUGGCUCGAUGAAGGUCGCUUCUGGAGGCAAGUACGCGCGCUGCUACCACUUUGAAGCCAAGGCCGUUGUCGUUGCGCAUAUUACCGAGAAGUUGCCCCAGCUGGCGGCGAAGACGAGCUAUAUCUAUGCGUCCGCAUACGCUGAUAAUCCAUUGCUGUUUCCGCACAGGGUGCCCUAUGGGACGUCGUGGAUUCUGUGGAUUCUGAUGAAGUUGCCAUUUCUGGUGCGGUUUCUGCCUCGACCAGCUCCAGCUGCCCCAGCGACUACCAAGGCCACCGAAAAGAAGGUGCCGACUGGUGGUGAGCAUCUCAUGGUUCUUCCGGGGAAAAUGUCAACGAAGCUCCCCGUCUUCAUCCCGGAUGUUUCGACGGGUGGAUACGUUCGGUGCCUGGUUGAGGAUGAACCGGCAAGCACGAAGCUUCUCGCGGUCGACUGGUGGCUCGGGCUCGAAGAGGGAAUGAAGAUGUGGGAGAGAGUCACGGGUCGGAAGUCAAAGUCCAUGGAAGUCACUGUGCAGUUGCUCUGCCAGUUGACGGGUCGGAGGGAAGAGGUCAUUGAAGGUGCGGCUUUUCUGGCCGAAUUCCCUUACAUGUGUGAGGUGAAGGGUUGGAUUGAGCCCAGUGGACUGAAAACCCCACCAUCUAACGCGAUGAGCUAUGAGGAGUUUUUGAGGACCAGAGACUUGCAGGAGCUGCUGGCCUGAUAGGACCUCAAUGGCAGACGAUUCAAUAUUUGCAUUCUCUCUAUCAGUUCCUCAAGUAAUGAAUCAUGGUUUACUUACGAAGUGUUGUGCGGACAGAUACCACUUCGGAAGCACUCUGGCAUGACAUCAAAGUAUUGAAUGAGUAAUCCGACCAUGAAAAUGAGGUUAAAGAGCGACACCCGGCUUCAAGGUGGGUGGUAACUUCCGCGAUAUGUGUAACGAACUGUGAUUGGUCCAACCACGAGAACGCGCGCUAACAAACCACUUUACGCGC